GGCUAAAACGGCGGGUGCGGGGCGGGCACGCAGGGGGCGCCGAGCGGGGUCCGCUCCCUGCGGGAGCGCAGGGGUCGCGUGUCCCCGCGCACGGAAUCGGGGGUGGUGCAGAGCGAUCGCCGGUACCCCAGAGGUCCGACCAAGAAUGAGGCCGGCUCUCACCAUCACGUGGACCAUGAGGGGCUUCUGGACGCUGCUGCUGCUGCUACUAUGGCUUCCGCUACUAGCCAGGGGCUCCCUGAAUUUCUUCCGGCCUGGUCGCAGAGUCUGUGCUGUGGCAGCUCCCCCGGACCCCAAACCCGAGUCCUUCAUGCAGCGGGUUUACCAGCCUUACCUGACCACCUGUGGGCACCGCGUCUGCAGCACCUAUAGGACCAUCUAUAGAACUGCCUACCGCCACAGCCGCCCGGCCCCCGCCAGGCCUCGCUUCGCCUGCUGUCCUGGCUGGUCGCGGUCCAGAGGGUUCUCGGGCAAGUGUGGCCCAGUCUGCCAGCCACCGUGCCAGAAUGGGGGGACGUGUGUGAGGCCGGGCCGAUGCCAAUGCCCCAAGGGGUGGCAGGGGGCUUCCUGCCAGGCUGACGUGGAUGAGUGCAGAACCGAGGCCAGCAGCUGUCCUGAGCACUGUGUGAAUACUGCAGGCAGCUACUGGUGCCAGUCUUGGGAGGGGCACUGCCCCUCGGUUGGCAGGGAGCCCUCUAUGGUCACCUCGGGCCCCACCCCAGGAAUGCGCCCCCGGGUGGAGGAGGAGGUGCAGGCGCUCCGGUCCCGGGUGUACGUGCUGGAGCAGAAGCUGCAGCUGGUGCUGGCCACGCCGCCUGGAACCCCGGACCCUGGCCUGCUGCUGACUCACUCCCAGCUGGAGCGCAUUGACUCACUGAGCGACCAGGUGGCCUUCCUGGAGGAGCAACUGGGGGCGUGUUCCUGCAGGAAGGACUCAUGAGACCCGGAGGAAAUAGGGAUGGAGGUCUCUGUUGUAAGACCCUGGCCCAACAUCUUACUGUGUGAUCCUGCCACUUACUGUGGGGCAUUGGGAGGCUCCCCCACCCUGAUCUGUCAGAAUAAAAGCUUGAGAAGUGA